CAACAAAAUCAUAUUUGAGGCCACAAUCAAUAAUCAAUAGCCAAGCAUAUGCACCUUGUUUCCCCCAAAAACUUUCUUCUGGAAGAAACCAUGGCUCAUUCAAUCACCCUCCCAAGCCUUCAAGGCCACCUUAAAUCCCACUUUUUUGGCCAAACCAUCCUCUCCGAUCGCCCUGGCCGAUCCUCUUUUCCACUUUCCAGGCACCAAUCAAGGUUUCCAUGUGCCAAAUUCAACCUGUCAGAGCUCUUGGGGGGCAGGGGACUCUGCAAUGGAGAGGAAGGGAUAGAAAAGGAGCUAAAGAAAAGCAUGGAAGAACCAUCAUCAUCAUCAGCAGCAGCAGAUGUGAAGAAUGAAGAGAAUUCAACUAGUUUGGCAAUAUCGGGAGCUGAUAGUGUUCCGGAAGAUGGUUUUGAUAAGGAAAUGAUGGGACUAACUGGGGGAUUCCCAGGAGGAGAAACUGGUCUCCAGAGAUUCAUCCAGGAAAACCCACCACCAAAAAAUCAGUCGGGUGCAGAUUCAGGUAAUGAAGUAGAGAUUAAUACCUCUAAGAAGCCGAAACCACCUGAAUUGCCACUUUUAAUGCCUGGAAUGAUUGCUAUUGUGAAGAACCCAAAUAAUCCAUUCUACAUGUACUGUGGCAUUGUCCAACGCAUCACCGAUGGGAAGGCAGGGGUUCUUUUUGAGGGAGGAAACUGGGAUCGAUUAGUCACUUUCCGGCUUGAAGAGCUCGAGCGCAGGGAAAAGGGUCCUCCAAUGAAGAAUCCAAAGUCCUGCAUACUUGAAAGCAUGAUAGAACAAGACUCAAAGUGAUCGUACUUUCAUGUCUUGAUGUGUGUGUUAAUUAUGCAUCAUUUUCUACUUCCUGACAACCCCAGGUUUGACAUCAUAAGUAGUUGAGAUUGUAAAUCCAUCUUCGAGCAAUAAAAAGUUAAAUAAAUGCAUUGUGUUAAAAUAUCAAUGAGCUGAUUGUGAUCUGAAGCAGUAUUUGCAAUGUGACAACGAUGUUCAACUCAUUGUCCUUCCUCCUCAAAUCGCGGUCAAAGAUAAAGAAGCAAACACCCAACUGCAAAAAUAGUGAAGAGAAACAAUCUAGUUUGUUGCUUUGUCUUGUAAUUCAAUACUGCUUACUAUAUAUUUAAACAAUUUAAGCAUGGUUUACUA